ACUUGUCCUUGGCCAAAGGUCUCCUCGUAUCCUCUUCAAAGGUAUCCUACAUCUCACCGUCUCUACUCAGAUAAUUACCAAUCACAAGCCGCUCAGGUACAGAUCAGCUCCACAUGGUUCCCUUGUCACUGGCUCAAUCGGCCGAUGCCCUCAAUGGCUACUACACCAACCUCUACGGCUACUAUGCCGCACUUCGCGCCCUCCCUUGGUACUCUCAGAUCCUCAUUACCGGUCUUCUCAGCAUCAUCAGCUCCAUCGCUAUUCCUCUGCUAGCAUUCGUCCUCUACUACCCCUACUGGAUCUACCUACGCCCUCGCUACUUCUCCCCCUUCCGUAAUCUUCCAGGCCCACCUGUCUCAGAAGGCCACUGGUUCUGGGGUGAAGCCAUCCAGCUCAUCAACAAGGAGUACGGCACCUACCAGACUGAAUGGAAUCGUCGCUUCGGCGGGAAGCCCGGCCAGCCUGGGUUUAUCAAGACGGUCGGACCUAUAGGUCUGGAGCGCCUCAUUGUCUUCAGUCCCACGGCACUUCGACAGAUUAUGAAUGACUAUCAAUACACCAAGCCGCCUUUCGCCUCACGGAUCCUCAGCCAGAUUACAGGUCAUGGACUGCUCACGGUGGAGUAUGAUGUACACAAGAAGAUGAGGAGAGAUCUCAACCCGGCUUUUGCUACAAAGUAUCUGGCUAUGCAGUAUGAAGAGUGUGCACCGGCACUUGCUGCCAUGUGCGAUGAGUUCGAUCGACUGAUUGGGAACAAGGACGCAGAGGUGAUCAAUGCGUACGAUGUCGUCACGAGGGCCCUGCUGGACAUCAUCUGCUUGACUGCCUUUGGCUACGAGGUCGACUCCAUCCACAAUUCUGACGAGCCACUCUCCAAGGCCUACCACACUCUCAUCGGCCUGCAAGGCGGUGGCAAUCUGGCUGCUCUCAUCGUAAUUCUCUCUCUGCCCUUUGGCGUCGGCACUGCCUUCAUUGAAGGGCUUCUGCGUAAGAACGACUACUGGCUUCCUGUCCUCCACAAGAUCGCCAGCGCCUCCUGGCUCUUCUACCCCGUCUCUGUCCUAGCUGAAUACGUCGAUUCCGUAGGGACUAUUCAACGAAUCGCCGAAAGACUUCUGGCCCAGAAGACGGCAGAGGCUAAGGCCUUGAAGCGACUGCAGACGCACGAUGCAUCUCAGCAAGGCAAGAUCGAUGUUCUCUCUCUCAUCAUCAAGGGCGCGCUGGAUGCUGAGACUGAAGCUGAGAAGACUAAUAAUGGCAAGACGGCCCGCAAGAUGGAUGCUCGAGAGUGCAAAGCACAUAUCAUGACAUUUCUUGGAGCUGGGCACGAGACGACUUCUAGCGGCGUUUCGUGGACCAUCUGGCUUCUGGCCAACAAUCUGGAGGUACAGCGCAAGCUCCGAUCGGAAUGUCUGGAGUUCCUCGCACAGUCGUCUUCUGGACAUCCCUCCUAUUACGAGCUCAGAGAACUGAAGUACCUCAAUGCUGUCGUUGUCGAAUCAUUGCGUGUCCGUCCUAGCGUCCCCGGUACCUUUAGGAAGUCUACCAAGGAUAGCUAUCUUGACGGAGUCUGGUGUCCUAAGGGAACGUACCUUGCCAUCUCAUCAUUCGCCAUCAACACUGACCCUCGAGUGUGGGGACCUGACGCUGCCGACUUUGUGCCUGAGCGCUGGCUUCCAGAGGAGACCCACGGCAAUUCCUCCAGCGUGUCUGCUGAAUGGGACCCAACCUACUCCUACAUGAGCUUCAUUGCCGGCAACCACCACUGCAUUGGGAAGAAUAUGGCGCAAAUCGAGAUGAAGGCAGUCCUAUUUCAGAUGAUCACCAAGUUUGCUUGGACAAAGGUUAGCGAGGAUCAGACGAUUCGGGGUGAUACGGCUAUUACGAUGAAGCCUCGUGGUGGAGUGCCUGUCAGGCUCAGGAGAUUGACUGAAGAGGACUACGCUGCGGCUUAG